AUGCAAGUUUCUUUUUUAGGUAAUAUAAAUCGGUCUUACUUUCUCUCUACCCUGUCUGUCUACCCUGUCUGUCUACUCUGUCUACCCUGUCUGUCUACCCUAUCUGUCUACCCUGUCUGUCUACCCUAUCUGUCUACCCUGUCUUUCUACUCUGUUACCCCGUCUGUCUACCCUGUCUACCCUGUCUUUCUACCCUGUCUACCCUGUCUACCCUGUCUACCCUGUCUACCCUGUCUGUCUACCCUGUCUUUCUACUCUGUCUUUCUACUCUGUUACCCCGUCUGUCUGCUCUAUCUUUCUACUCUUCGCUCCAGAUAA